AUGUCCCCGCAACAGUUCGAAAGCCAGGCUCAAGCAGCUCGCAUCAAUAAGAGCGUCGACGCCAGUGCCUUCGACAAGCACAACCAGUCGGGCAUCGUCGAGGUUCACGCUCACUUCGUCGCCACCAAAAGCGACGGGGCGAAGGCGUUCGAGCUGGAGGUCAUCUGGGAUGCUGAUAAUCCGCCGGUGGGCAAGACUCAAACGGCGCACUUCGGCUGGGAGAUAUACCUCGACGGAAAGAGAGUUGCUGGACCGGGACAUGUCUUUUUCGCCCCAGACGUCAUCUUGACGAACUAUCGGAACAACAAAAGAGACCAAGCGGAGGAGCUGUCCCUCAAAUUGAGCACCAACGACGGCAUCGGGACAGGCAAGAUGCAGAGCACCACUAAGUACUAUCGGCUUCAAUGA